CUUUCUUCUUCACGACAUCCCAUCUGGCCAUCCAUUGCCUUUCAGAUCGACAUCGAAGGAUUUCGAAAAGUUUCAAUAUUCUCCACAACCGAUACCCUAAUUCAAUUCUAACAUCAAAUUAAUCUAAAUCCGAGUUCUUAUUCUAUACUGAAUUCUUUGUUUUACUUAUACUAUAUUUGUAAUUUUUUUGAAGAAAAAAUUGACUAUGAAAGAAGCGAAAUCAGGUAAAUUGAAUGCACAGCAGCAUCAACAACACGAAAACGGUCAUUUCUCUCCGUUCAAAUUCGCCAAGUUAUUAGAUCCAGAAGCUUCUUGGGACAAGGAUCAAUUAGGAGAUGUAUUGCACUGGAUUCGACAAGUUGUAGCUCUUUUUUGUGGUUUAUUAUGGGGAGCAAUCCCAGUGGUUGGAGGCAUUUGGAUCUUCAUAUUUCUGGCCAUAUCCACUGGAAUUAUAUAUGGUUAUUAUGCAAUGAUACUAAAGAUCGACGAGGAAGAAUUUGGUGGCCAUGCAGCUCUUCUACAAGAAGGGCUUUUUGCUUCAAUAACUCUCUUUCUGUUGGCGUGGAUUCUCAUCUACAGCUUGGCCCACUUUUGAUAUGUAUUUUAUCAUCGAUUUGGCUGUCCUCUGUUAGUCACAUUCGAAGGAUUCAACUCUUUAGAUGAGGAACAAUUCAUUAUUACGGAAAACAAUGAGAAACUUUUGGAUUUGAUAAACAAUGGAAAACUCUCUUACUUUUCACUGUGUGACUUUCCGAUUUCACAGACCAUAAAGCUUAUUUUUUUCCCAUUAUCAUGCUAUGUACAUGUUUGAUUAAAGUUUUACUUUCAUAAAAUAGCCACAGAAUGUAGCAGUUUGGGGUACAAAGCACCUGAUAUUAAAUUAAAAAACUUUUUCUGCUUUAAAUUAUCUGUUGCUGAUGAA